AUGCUUCCAUACGUAUUACCAAAGUUGACCAAGCCACCGAUAAACGCUCGUGCACUGUGUGCAUUAGCUGCGGUUGCGGGUGAUUCGCUGACUCGCAAUCUGGCCAAAAUACUCGAAUCAUUACUGGCUAGCUGCGAUACUGACGAGCAAGUGGAACAGUGUUUGAAAGUGCUUGUAUCGGUAACUGAUCCAGAAGGCGUUACAACGAUAAUUUCGACACUUCUCCAGAAGGCAUUAACUCAAGAUCAUAUCCCUUCAUCAGCAUUAAUGCAUCGAUUUGUUAAAAAUACCAAAGUAUGUUUCUGUGGAUUGACUUCAUUUAUUCUUCGUUGUUCUCGUUCCGCUGGUUUCGUUUUGCUGCUAUUUAAGGAAAGUUAUUCGUUUGUAGAAUGA